AUGCCUGUCGCCGAUGAUUCGCCCACCGAAAAGAAACAGUCUAGCAGCAGUUCAUACCGAGAUGAGCUGGCGCAUUAUAAGGCUCAGUAUGAACAACUGGAGGCAGAGCUAGCCGAUUUCCAAGUCUCGAGUCGGGAGUUGGAGACCGAACUAGAAAAGGAUAUCGAAGCCUCGGAGAAGCGGGAGCGCCAGUUAAAGGAGAAGGUCGAUACCUUACGGUACGAGGUGGAAGAGUGGAAGACCAAAUACAAGCAGUCCAAGACGGAAGGCAAUUCGGCGCAAAACAACCUCCAAAAGGAGAUCACCUCCCUCCGCGAUACCAACCGCACUCUGCAACUGAAGUUGCGCGACAUUGAAGUUGCCAAUGAUGAUUAUGAACGGCAAGCCCGGAAUACCACUUCGUCCCUGGAGGACAUGGAAUACAAACAUAAUUCCGCCAUCGAGCGUGGAGUGCUACUCGAGGAGGAGAUGAGGGAGGGGGAGCAAGAGCGAGAGAGUCUGCGCAUUCAGAAUCAGCGACUACGGGAUGAACUCACCGAUCUCAAGGUUGAGGCAGAGAUCGUUCAGGAGAAGCUGCGCAACGCUGAAGGAGGACAUGCAUUCCGUCGUCGGAAGCCCACCCCCCUCUAUCGCAGUCCAUCCACCCCGCAUUCAUUGGAAAUCUUCGAUCGUUCCCCAGGCACGGCGACUUCUUCGCCUGUCUUUGCUACUCCACCAGCCAAAGCAUCACUGGCUUCCUCUACCGCCACUCCCCCUCGCCUCCCAUCUCCGAGUCGUCGUCCAGCCUGCGUCGAUCGAUUAACGCAACACCCACCUUCCCUCGCCAGCGAGCAGCAGGUGCAGACGCGAUUACUUCGCGAACGCUGCACAAUGCUCACAAUGCUCGCACGCAACCUCGCCCCGUGCAUUCUCGGACCUCUUCUCUGGCCUACAGCAACCCUGGCCCCAACACUCCCUAAAUCGGGCUCUCUUUACCAAAUCCGAGGUCUGAUCGGCAAGAUGCAGAAACUCGAGGAACGUGUGCAGUCCGCCAAGUCACGACUCCCUGCACCUUCCGAAACCUCAUCUCGAGGGUCCCCCCAUUCCCGGGCCGGAUCUGUGGUGGGCGAUAGCCCCGUCGCCUCUAACAUCACAGUGCGACGAAACUCACGGAAACGACUGAGCGGCAGUAGCUUUGGAUCGUCCGUGCGAGAUAGCGAGAGCGGCACACCAUCAUACCUCCCGCAAAGCCGGCAGUCCUUCGGGGCUCGAACCGGUGGCGACAGUCGCCCCAGCAGUCGAACCUCCUACUCCAGCCGCAGUUCCUUUAGCCAAAGCGUUCACUCUGGUGUUCCUGUCGGCGCUCGUCCUGAAAGUCGAUCUAGCCGACCCGGCGCGAAAACCCCACUCGGCCACUAUUCAACCAACCCGACGACAGAAAGUCGGCGCCCACGCUCCUCCUUGAGUAACCAUGCCGGACAGGGGUCGUCGGUUGGCGGCGGAAUGUCCCAUAUUGAGGAGGACCUCGAUCUCGCUUCGACCCCGACUACCUCCCGCAUCCCGCAGGAUCUGCGCCGACCGUCAUUUUCCGCCGCAGUAACAGCAACACCAGGCACGCUCAAGAAGCGCACGACUAGUGGUGUCUCCGCUAUCCCCACACCCCGGAGUUUCAAGUCAAGUAUUGGGCCCGGGUCAAGCAUGGCACCGCCGGCCGAUCGCAGGGCAAAAGUGAACGAUCUCGGCGAGACUUUUUAG